CCUUCCUAGAUUGACGCCCCUUCCUCUCCCGAUCAGGAUCAAGACACGACGCACUUGCUUCUCCGUCCAACCACACCACAUCUCCUCCAACUCCUCCAUUUGGUUGAGAAGAGGAGGCCUUCUUCGUAUUCCGGCCGGUAGGCCCUUCUGGGCCGCGAAGACGGCGGAGACGGCGGAGAGAGGGAGUCUGGGGAUUUUGUUUGGGAUGAGAUUAGGGGAAAAAGAGGACGCAAUGGAGGAGGAGGAGGAGGAGAGGGGUUCCGCUGCGGCGCCGCUGCAGCUUAAGCUCCUUCCUCUCUUGCCUCAUUCCGCGCAGCCUUCGUUUUCCCAGCUGCGGUUCCCAUGGGCGUCCGAGGCCGGGAACGUGGAACUGUCGAUGCGAGGCUUCGAUGUGAACCGGGCGCCGUCUGCCGGGGAAGCCGAGGAGGUGGCGGCGUCGUCGUCGCCCAACAGCACUGUCUCUUCCUUCCAGAUGGAGUUUUCCGCCGGGGGAGGCGAGGGCGGAGCGCUGCCAGUGGAAAGGGCCUGUUCGAGAGCGAGACGCUUGUGGUGGGGGACAAGCUAGGCGUACUUCCGCACACUAUCCGGGUCUCCCUCGAGGGGGAGCUCUUCGCAGUCGACGCCACAAAUAACAAUAUAGUUCGGAUCACUCCGCCUCUCUCCCAGUAUAGCAGAGCAAGAUUUGGUUGCCGGGUCAUUUAAGGGAUUCUCUGGACAUGUAGAGAUGGUAAACCUGCAGAUGCUCGUUUCUAUCGU